AUGGGCUCAUCGGACCCGUUGCCAGUCUCGUGCUCGCGCCUGGAGUCCCUCCCCGUCGAAAUCUUGCAGUUGAUCUUCCUCCAUUGCUUGGAAAUUAACCUUCCGCGUGCUUCGCAUCGUCUUGGCCGUGCACUGUCUUCGCAACUGCUUUAUACUUGGCUUGUGCGACUGGCUUUUAGUAGUACCAAUCCCGGCUCGCGGGAGGGGUUCUUUACCCCGGAAUUCUUGCCGCCACCGUUGGACUUUUGGGCGUUGGCUUGGGAAGAACGACAACAAUUGCAGACUGGCUUGUUGGAAUGUCGCUGGUGCACUUUACCGUUAUUGCGGAGGUGUCAACGUGAAUAUGUUGCACAUGCUAUUCGACGCAAAUGCGCAACUUUGGUCUUUGGAAGCGAAGAUCAAGCUCUUUUAUCGAAUCUAGACUCUAAGUUCGAUAAUUUGGACAAUUGCGACUGGGCUCCAGAUGGAAGCCGUGGGAAAGGCGACAUUGUGAUCCCUGCUCGAUUUGAAGAAAGUUUGCGCACGCCGUCAUCCAAGAGCGUCGACCGCAAAGUCGCAAUUUGGUUCCAUUUCGGCGCGUUACAAAUCCGCGAACCAAAUGAAAUUUACUAUGAGAAUGACCUUUUCCGAUUACCUUGCUCAGUGGCUAUUGGACCAGGUCGUAUCCCGGAUAAGAUAUUGCGCUCGCCUUGGUCAGAUGCGCAGUUCCAGUUCUUGCAGUUGCUAUCUAUGGAUUUUUAUCUUGACGAGGAUGAAGUCAGUCCAGAUCGCUCUCCGGAAAUCACAUAUUGGCUCAUUCGACAGCGCAAGAUUGAGCCUUUUCGUCGAUUACUGUGCAUGGCCUUUCGCACUGCUAAUUGUCGCAUUCGUGCUCGUUGGCCAUUGCAGCCUUUUCAUUAUUCCCUGGCUCGGCGCUGUGGGAGUGGAUCUGAGGACCCUUUUAUUAAUUUCAUUCUCAACGAGCGCUGGGCUGAUAUACCUGCUAAUGCAAAGAAGGACUUGUUGCGAUAUAUUGAGUCGCCUCCGCUGCGUGACAGACAGUGA